AUGGAGUAUCCAGGGCAGACACAAGGGAGCCGUGAGCACCUCCCAGGGGCUCUCUGGGCCUGGACACUAAAACAAUUCUCCCUCUCUCUCUCUCCCUCUCUCUCUCUCUUUGCAGUUAAAAAAGCCAAGUUUGAUGGGGCCCAAGAGAAGUUCAACACCUACGUGACGCUGAAGGUGCAGAAUGUCAAGAGCACGACCAUCGCCGUGCGGGGGAACCUGCCCUGCUGGGAGCAGGACUUCAUGUUUGAGAUCAACCGGCUGGACCUGGGGCUGACGGUGGAGGUGUGGAACAAGGGGCUGAUCUGGGACACCAUGGUGGGGACGGUGUGGAUCCCCCUGCAGACCAUCCGCCAGUCCAACGAGGUAGACAUUACUGAGGAAGAGGCAAGGUACUGGGCCAAGAAGCUGGAGCAGCUCAAUGCCAUGAAGGAUCAGGAUGAUUACGCGUUCCAGGAGGAGCAGGACAAGCCGCUCCCGGUGCCCGGCUCCCAGUGCUGCAACUGGAAUUAUUUUGGCUGGGGAGAGCAGCAGAAUGACGACCCCGACAGCACCAUGGACGACCGGGACAGCGAUUACCGAAGCGAGACCAGCAAUAGCAUCCCGCCUCCAUACUACACCACCUCCCAGCCCAACGCCUCGGUCCACCAGUAUCCCAUGAGGCACCAGCAGCAGAGUUCCCGCGACUCCUACACGGACUCUGUGCAGAGCUACGAGAUGGACUACUCGGACCAGCGGCCCAUCAGCCCCACCGGGAGCAGCCGCUACGACUCGUCCGGGGAGGACUCGCCCCGCUGGGAGGAGGACGACGACUUCUACCCCGAGGAAGAGGACGAGGACUACAGCGAGAACGAGCAGGACUAUGGCCCGGGCAAGGCCGAGGUGGCGCGGGAGCAGGACGCGGGCGAGGCCAAGCCCCCGGAGCGCGAGCCCCACCCGGUGCAGCCCGCCAAGCAGCAAGUGCCCCCACCGCAGGUGCAGCAGGUGCAAACGCAGAAGCAGCAGGAGAGGAAGGAGGAAAAGGCAGCUUAUGUCCCCGAGGAAAUCCCGGAGAGCCCCCAAGAAAAGCUGGCCGUGGAGGAGCCCCGGGUCCCAGAGAGAGAGCCGGAGCUGGAGCCGGAGACCCCUAAGCCAGCAGAGGGGGAGAGGGAGGCUGUGGAGGUCCAGGAUGCCAAGUCCCGAGCCAAGGCCAACUGGCUAAGAGCGUUCAACAAGGUUUGCAUGCAGCUGCACGAGGCCCGUGGGGAAGGAUCUGGCGAAGCGAAGUCGCUGUGGUUUAAAGGCGGGCCUGGCGGUGGUUUGAUCAUUAUUGACAGCAUGCCCGACAUACGAAAGAGAAAGCCAAUCCCCCUAGUUAGCGAUUUGGCUAUGUCGUUGGUCCAGUCCAGGAAAGCAGGGAUCACGUCAGCACUAGCAUCAAGCACCUUAAACAAUGAAGAGCUAAAAAACCAUGUUUACAAGAAGACCCUUCAAGCCUUAAUCUACCCCAUCUCCUCCACGACCCCCCACAACUUCGAGGUGUGGACUGCCACCACCCCCACCUACUGCUACGAGUGCGAGGGCCUGCUGUGGGGCAUCGCCCGGCAGGGCAUGCGCUGCACCGAGUGCGGGGUCAAGUGCCACGAAAAGUGCCAAGACCUGCUCAACGCAGACUGCCUCCAGAGAGCGGCCGAGAAGAGCUCCAAGCACGGGGCAGAGGACCGGACCCAGAACAUCAUCAUGGUGCUGAAGGACCGCAUGAAGAUCCGGGAGCGGAACAAGCCUGAGAUCUUUGAGCUGAUCCAAGAGAUCUUCGCCGUCUCGAAGGCCACUCACACCCAGCAGAUGAAGGCUGUGAAGCAGAGCGUGCUGGAUGGCACCUCCAAAUGGUCCGCCAAGAUCAGCAUCACAGUUGUCUGUGCCCAGGGCCUGCAGGCAAAGGAUAAGACAGGUUCCAGUGACCCGUAUGUUACUGUCCAGGUUGGGAAGACGAAGAAAAGGACUAAAACGAUCUAUGGGAAUCUAAAUCCGGUCUGGGAGGAGAAUUUCCACUUUGAAUGCCAUAACUCCUCCGACCGGAUCAAGGUGCGGGUCUGGGACGAAGAUGACGAUAUAAAGUCGCGAGUCAAGCAGCGCUUUAAGAGAGAGUCCGACGACUUCCUAGGCCAGACGAUCAUAGAGGUCCGGACGCUGAGCGGGGAGAUGGAUGUCUGGUACAACCUGGACAAGCGGACGGACAAGUCAGCCGUGUCCGGAGCCAUCCGGCUGCACAUCAGCGUGGAGAUAAAGGGAGAGGAGAAGGUGGCGCCGUACCAUGUGCAAUACACCUGCCUGCACGAGAACCUCUUCCACUUCGUGACGGACCUGCAGAACAACGGGGUGGUGAAGAUCCCCGAGGCCAAGGGGGACGACGCCUGGAAGGUGUACUUCGACGAGACGGCCCAGGAGAUCGUGGACGAGUUCGCCAUGCGAUACGGGGUGGAGUCCAUCUACCAGGCCAUGACUCACUUUGCCUGCCUGUCCUCCAAGUACAUGUGUCCCGGCGUGCCGGCAGUGAUGAGCACCCUCCUAGCCAACAUCAACGCGUACUACGCCCACACCACUGCCUCCACCAACGUGUCUGCCUCAGACCGCUUUGCUGCUUCCAAUUUCGGGAAGGAACGCUUCGUGAAGCUGCUGGACCAGCUGCACAACUCUCUCCGGAUCGACCUGUCCAUGUACCGGAACAACUUCCCCGCCAGCAGCCCCGAGAGGCUGCAGGAUCUCAAGUCCACGGUGGAUCUGUUAACUAGCAUCACCUUCUUCCGAAUGAAGGUGCAGGAGCUGCAGAGCCCGCCCCGGGCCAGCCAGGUGGUGAAGGACUGCGUGAAGGCCUGUCUCAACUCCACCUACGAGUACAUCUUCAACAACUGCCACGAGCUGUACAGCCGCGAGUACCAGAGCGACCCUGCUAAGAAGGGCGAGGUGCCGCCCGAGGAGCAGGGCCCCAGCAUCAAGAACCUGGAUUUCUGGUCCAAACUCAUCACGUUGAUUGUUUCCAUCAUUGAAGAGGAUAAGAACUCCUACACGCCCUGCCUGAACCAGUUCCCCCAGGAGCUGAACGUGGGGAAGAUCAGUGCCGAGGUGAUGUGGAACCUCUUUGCUCAGGACAUGAAAUAUGCAAUGGAGGAGCACGACAAGCACCGCCUGUGUAAAAGUGCCGACUACAUGAACCUGCACUUCAAGGUCAAGUGGCUUUACAAUGAGUAUGUGACCGAGCUGCCUGCCUUCAAGAGCCGCGUCCCCGAGUACCCCGCCUGGUUUGAGCCGUUCGUUUUCCAGUGGCUGGAUGAAAACGAGGAGGUGUCCCGGGAUUUCCUGCAUGGUGCGCUGGAGCGGGACAAGAAGGAUGGGUUCCAGCAAACCUCGGAGCACGCGCUCUUCUCCUGCUCCGUGGUGGACGUCUUCUCCCAGCUCAACCAGAGCUUUGAGAUCAUCAAGAAGCUGGAGUGCCCUGACCCGCAGAUCGUCGGGCACUACAUGCGGAGGUUUGCCAAGACCAUCAGCAACGUGCUGCUGCAGUACGCCGAGAUCAUCUCCAAGGACUUCGCCUCCUACUGCUCCAAGGAGAAGGAGAAAGUGCCCUGUAUCCUGAUGAACAACAUCCAGCAGCUCCGGGUGCAGCUGGAGAAGAUGUUUGAAGCCAUGGGGGGGAAGGAGGUUUGUACCCGGUGCCCUGCCCUGUCCCUGCAGCUUUGA